CUCGUCGAAAAUAAAAAUGGCGACGACGUAGACAGUGCCGAAAAAUUAGCUUUUGGAUUUAUUUGUGAUGUCGCGGCUGGCUGACUAUUUUGCUAUUAUAGGAUUUGAUCAUGAAAAAGAAAGGGGAGGAGCCAGUUGCGGCAAAAUCCUACAAAGAUUCCCGAAGACUGACUGGCCAGAUUGUCCUUUUACUCCGGGUAUAGAGUUGUUCUGUCAGCCAACAGGAUGGGUACUUUCCAGUCAGAGACAACAGCCGACAUACUUCGUUUCGGUUUUAACCGACAUCGAUGCCGACCGACACUACUGUUCAUGCCUGACAUUUUACGAGCCGGUUGCCAUGACUUUAAAGCCGGAUGAUGAGGACAUUGACGUAGAAGAUGCCAUUAUACCGCACCAUUCGCAGAUGUUCGCACCAAAGAGUUUAGUUAUCAUUACACGCCAUGACUAUGUUGAAACAUUCAAAAACUGUCUCGGAAUCAUAUACACAGCAUACGUUGACAAACUGCAAGUAGACAUCGAUACUUUGGUCGGAAACAUUAUUGGUUGUGUUCAGGCUCCAUUGCCUAGUGGUCCUCAAGUUAGAUUCUCAAUAGGUGCUGGAGACCGGCAAGCCCUUCAACCCCCGCUGUGUUCAACCCUACCUGUAACCAAACAAGCUGCCGCCCUGCUGUUUGAACAAUUAGGAAUACAAACUGUGAUAGAUGUAUUUGUUCUUUCCCUGUCUGACCACAAGAUUCUCUUCCAUUCACAAAGCUUCUCGCGGCUCACAGAGGCUUGUCAUGCCCUAGUUUCACUUCAUUACCCUCUCAAAUACACAUAUGUAUAUAUUCCUGUGUUACCAACAGCCCUGCUCGAGGUCCUCAACACCCCCACCCCUUUCAUUGCUGGAGUCCAUUCAGUACAUAGAGAAGAUAUCAAAGAUCUGCUGGAUGUUGUCAUCAUAGAUCUUGAUGGUGGUUGUGUACAUAUUCCCGAGUGUGUGACAUUACCCACAAUUCCAGAGCCAGUCCUGUCUCGCACCAUGAAGGCAUUACAUAUGAUUUUGCACCAGGACCUGCUAAGUGCAGAUUUUGCAUUUCCUGCCACACCUAACAAGAAAUCUCCAUCUCUGGAACAGAAGGACAAGGAGAUCAGAGCCGUGUUCAUCCGUAUGAUAGCAGAAUUGUUCACGGGUUAUAGGUCAUGCCUUGCUCUGGUCAGAAUACAUCCAGAACCAUUCAUUACAUUUCACAAGGCAAGCUUUCUCGGUCAUAAAGGGAUGGUGGAGGAAGAUUUUGUAGUAAAGGUUCUGGGUGCAAUGAGUUUUAAUGCGUUUGUGUCAGAGAGAGGACCUCCAUACAGAGUCUGUGAUAUAUUUGAUGAGGUGUAUGCAGGUAUACAGGAAGAUCUUCAAGAAGAGAAGGCGGAGCCAGACCUGGCCAUCCAGCAUAUCAAAUCCCUUGCUCAACAGUUGCAUAAUAAUGAAAAUCCAAAUCCCCAACCCUAUGUACAGAAAGUGCCAAAACCAACAGAAGGAGCCUAUGCAAGAAUUCAUCAACCUAUCUUCCCAGUAUUGGAUGAAGACAAAGUUCAAGCUAUCAUAGAGGAUGGAAUCUCAAAGUUGGCAAAGAACAAAUUAACAGCAGCGCGGACACAGAAACGUAUAGUCCCGAUGGGACCGGCCAUUGCUACUAUAGGGGACAGGCAGAAGAUUGUACAUAACAAUGCAAGAAGACUUGAAGUACUCAGAAACUGUGUUAACUUUAUAUUUGAUAACAAGAUCUCAGAUGCAAGGAUUAUAUUUCCUGCAGUUUUACGGGCACUAAAGAGUAAAGUGGCUCGUAUAUCAUUAACCCAAGAACUUAGUCACCAUAUACAGAGCAAUAGAGCAAUGUUAGAACAUCAACAGUUUGACCUAGUUGUUAGACUACUUAAUUGUGCAUUACAGAAUGAUUCAUCGAUGGAUGAGAAUGGUGUAGCAGCUUCCAUACUGCCCUUAGCUACCUCAUUUUGUAGGAAACUUUGCACAGGAGUUAUCCAGUUUGCAUACACGUUAGUUCAAGACCAUGCAGUUUGGGGCAACUUGCAGUUCUGGGAGGCAGCUUUCUAUCAAGAUGUACAGAAAGACAUACGACAGUUAUACGCCCCUCAGUACGAGGAGCACAUCAUGGUACGCUGGCGUAAAGAGGGUUCCAAACUAAGACAUAGUAUGGAGCUAAAUGCCAGCAAAGCAAAUCUUACUCCGGAAAUGAAGAGACGAUCAGCAUCACCAUUUAGACAAAAGGAGAUUGGAGCCUUAGAGAUCGCAGCUGAACAGUUGCGUAUAUGGAGUACAUUAUCUGAAGGACAGCAACAGGAAAUGAUAAACAAUGAGGAAUCAACAGUAUACAGCCAAGCUAUACACUACGCUAACAGGAUUGUGUAUAUGAGGGUGCCGCUAGACUGUAGCAAGUCAUUGAAAAACACAGGUUACGAUGAUGAGAUUAAAAGUAACAGCAAUAUUACUGCAAGUUUGGCAGAGAGUGAUAGUGUAGAUGCAGAAAGUGGGUUUGACGAGACAGAGGAGACCGGGAACGUUCAGUCAGAAGUUAUACGAUUUGUUACACGAUUUGUAGACAAGGUUUGCCAGGAGAGUGGCGUCACAGACGACCAUGUCAAAGCUCUACAUCAGAUGAUCCCUGGUGUGGUUGCUAUGCAUAUAGAGACGUUAGAAGCUGUUCACAGAGAAGCCAAGAGAUUGCCACCUAUACAAAAGCCAAAAAUACUCACGCCAGCCAUGUUGCCAGGAGAGGAGAUUGUUAUGGAAGGAUUACGUGUGUACCUGCUGCCUGAUGGUCGAGAUGAGGGUACAGGGGUCACUAUGGGUGGUCCCUCCCUCUUACCUGCGGAGGGGGCAGUAUUUCUCACUACUUACAGGAUCAUUUUCAAGGGAAUACCUUGUGACCCUCUAGCCUGUGAGCAGGUGAUUAUGCGAUCGUUCCCAAUUUCUACAUUGACAAAAGAGAAGAAACUGAGUGUGCAAUAUUUACCACAUCUAAACCAGUGGUUACAGGAGGGACUUCAGCUACGCUCAAAUAUCUUUCAGCUUUUGAAGAUUGCAUUUGAUGAGGAAGUUCUAGGAGAUAACGUCGAGACCUUCAGAAAACUAGUCAAUAAAUGUCGCAACCCACCCACCGUCUUUCAUACCUUCGCAUUUACGGGUCAUGCGAUUGCACAGCCGACAACUCUUCAUAAACAGAAGGAGAAAAACAAAACUCUGAAGCAUUUUGCUAAGAAGACGUUGAUGAAAACUGCUAAGAAAGCUGGAAUAAAAACCAAACAAAGUUCAAGACAGAAAACCAAAUAUAUUUUACCUGCCACUCCCAUGAGGGGGCGAAGUUUAACUCCAAGGUCAUCGGACAGCGAAUCAGAAAGUGGAAGGCCAGGAAGUGAAAUUUUCGAUGAUUUGUCAAUAGUUGAUGAACAUGAAUUUGAAUCGAAUUUAACAGCUGAUCCAAAGAAUCUGGAGAAGUUAUUAGAACGUCCAGGGUACCAGGACUAUAUAAGACAAGGCCUGGGAAGUCUUUCUAUUGCCUCACAGAGAGAUCGGGCACACCAGGAGCCAUUUAGAAUAUCAGCUGUUAAUGCUAACUUCUCUGUAUGUAGAAGUUAUCCGCCAUUGUUGGUUGUGCCACAAGCCGUGUCAGAUGAUAAUAUACGUAGGUUUGCCCGAACUCAAAGACAAUGCAGAUUCCCAGUAAUAACAUGGAGACACAGUAGAACUAAAGCGUUGUUAUUAAGGGCUAGUAGUUUUCACAGUCGGGGACUGAUGGGCAUGUUAAAACACAAUACCUCUGGUAGUACUACUAGUGGUGAGACGACCUCUAGCUUAGAGCAAGAGAAAUAUUUCUCAGUUCUUGUAGCGGCCACCCCAAACAGUACAAGAACGGGGUCAUACAAGACGUCAUUCAGCGACUCCCUAGAUAGUCUGGACAGUCUAAUGAUGUCUGGGGCUACAGGAGAGUCACUCGCCAUACCCGAGACCCCAGAUCCUCUCAGGAGAACCCAUCACAGUGGCAACAAGAGCAGAAGCAGUCUAAAACUUAAAGGUCAAUCUGGAAAUGGAGAUUUUGUGGCCCUUCAUCUGUCCGGAGACGCCACACCCAACACCAUUCGUCGCAGUAUGUUCUCACGUGCCGUUGACACGUUGCGGCAAAGUGGCGGGAAGGGAGGCAACCUUUUAACUUUACCAAGACGUCCGAGGACCCGAGGAUAUUUUUCAACUCUAACUAGGAUUGGAAGUAUGAAGGACAAAGCAAAGACGAGCACUUUUGACCCUUCAAGAUUUUCCCAUCCGAAUGGAGAUUUAGAGAGGACUGGGGACCUUAUUAACAGUUCGGUACAGGGACUUAAGAAAGUCUCGCUUUAUGUGCUUGGAGAAAAAUCACAAAUGAAGGGUGUAAAGUUGGAAUCUUUUCCAAAAUGUGAUUUUAUACCAGUUGAUUUCUAUGAAGUCCGGCAUGUGAAGGCAAGUUUUAAGAAGUUGUCAAGGGCAUGUAUACCUAGUAGCUCUACUCAAGGUCCAGAUGCUUCGUUUCAUAAAGCAGUUGAAGAAUCAGGGUGGUUGCCACAGAUCCAGAACAUUUUACAGUUAGCAGGUGCCACAGUUGACCUACUUGAUGUUCAGGGCUCAUCUGUUAUGAUCUGUCUGGAGGACGGUUGGGAUAUCACUACUCAAGUUGUGUCGGUCGCUGAGGUCCUCUUAGAUCCAUAUUACAGGACAAUGGAAGGUUUUCGCGCUCUCAUAGAGAAAGAGUGGCUUUCGUUCGGGCACAGGUUUACUCACAGGAGCAAUCAGACUCAGGCAAACCAAGCCAGCGGAUUUGCUCCGGUGUUUCUACAGUUCCUGGAUGUAAUACAUCAGGUUCACAGUCAGUUCCCGUUGUCGUUCGAGUUCAACCAGUACUUCCUCAAGUUCUUAGCUUAUCAUUACGUGUCGUGUCGCUUUCGAACUUUCAUGAUGGACAACGAGUUUGAACGUAUGGAAGCUGGUUGGCUGUUGGAAGAUAAGAAGAUGUACCAGUUGGACGAUUUCGAACAACAGGCUGGGUUUUCGUCCAAACAUAUACAGCAGAGCAGUAUAGGAGCGUCCCUUUGGGAGUACAUUGACAAACAUCACAGAAAAUCUCCACUGUUUUAUAACUUUAUGUACAGCCCUGGGGAACAUGAUGCUGUGUUGCGACCAUAUUCGUAUCUAUCAAACCUGAAGAUCUGGGAUUACUACACGGUGGAAGAUCUGGCCCACGGGCCAUCGUAUGAUAUUGAGAUUGUGCAUCGUGAGAUUACACAGAAUGAAGACUCAGAAUCGCUUGAGUUGAUGGGUCAGCAACAGAGAAAAGUUAUAAAUGGUUGCUAUGACAAUGUAAUGUUACAAGAACCUGAUCACUUUUGUUGGCAGUUUCAGGAAAUCCAUAAACUAGAGAAUGAUCUUGGUCACCUGCCUAGAAAGUGGAAGGUAUUCUGGGAUAAACUACAGCGUCCAGGACGAGAUGCGUCUUCCUUACCUCGUCAGCUGUCUUUUAACAUGCAGCUGGCACGCUCGCAUGGUCGUUCGAUACACAAGCGUUCGACUCUAGAGAUCCUGGUCAAGGGUAAGAUGCUUGGCGAGGCGGCCCGUAUGUUUGGUCAGCCGCACAGGUUCGAAGAAUGGACGUACACGACAGCAGUUUAUUGUGAUCUCUGCUCCAAUGUGCUAUGGGGUCUGACAAAAACAGGAAUGCAUUGUACAGACUGUGGUUACAACUGUCAUGAGAAGUGUAUGCCAAAUGUACCGAAGAAUUGUACCAAGUUGAAGGCAGUCAGUGACGCAAGCACAAGCAACUCUAGUAUAUCCAAACCCAGUGGAUCCGAAGCAAGCUCUCUCCAUGGUGGAGGUGAUAGACUAACAUCCCAUACAACUCCUUCUGCCAUGUAUGAAAGAUAUGGCACCAGUUCAGGAGAGCAUAGAACACACGAGGGAUAUCUCUACAAGAAAGGGGCAUUACUCAAGGGCUGGAAGCAACGCUGGUUUGUGCUGGACUCCAUGAAACAUCAGCUGCGGUGGUAUGAUUCAGUGGAGGACUCUGCAACAAAAGGGUUUAUAGAUCUGUCUGAGGUGGAAUCUGUAAAGCAAUUAGGAAGUGGAGGCAGACAUAUACAGGGUGCACCCAAAAAGGCAGAUGAACAAGGCUUUUUUGAGAUGAAAACAACAAGAAGAUUAUACCACUUUCUUGCUCCAGACUUUAAGAUCGCUCAAGAAUGGAUAGACAAAAUACAGAGUUGUAUACAAUAGUGUUUAAUAGUCUUUAAAUUGAUGGAACUAGCACAGGCCCAGAUUGCAUAAUAAACUGCUGUUAUACAGUCGUCCCAUUGUGGAAAAAAAUAUAUGUGAUAUGUACAGAGGUGACAGUUGUAUCUAGUGAAGGAGGUUGGGGUGAUAGAGAUGGGGGUGAUAGAGGUGGGGGCGACAGUGACCAGGAUGACACAUCAUGAUGGCCCGUGACUUGUAGAUAUUCAGAGGAUGUAGAAUAGUCUAUUUAUAAACUUGUUCAGUUUUCUUGUUGGUAGAGAAAUAGUUUUUACAUAAAUUGUUGUGUUCAUAUAAUGGAACGGAUGUAUAUAGGGAGAAAUGACACAGAUGAUUUGGAUUUAGUGACGUGUUUUUAGUGACAUUUGGCAGCUUUGAUGGAGAAAGGGCACAUGGGGAUGUUAUGCAUAUGUCCCCAUAUGUUUACUGGAGAUUACUAAAUACCAUUAAGUGUACUAAAUAUGUUAAAAGUGUAUAAAAUACCCAAAGGUACACUAAAUACCUGAAAGAAUGGUUUCUAAUGAUCUAAGCAGCCUGUAGUUUAGAAUUUCUUGAUGCAGAAUGGAACAGAAAUGGGACAAAAUUUUGAAUCUGUGAAUAGGUAGUUGAUGUUGUGUUAACCAUAAGGAGAAAGAUUCUCCUGUGAUUUCUUUACAUGUAAUGUGAGCUGGUAAGAAUUUAACAAAUUGUUUUUAAUAUAUAUUUAAGAUUACCUUAAUGUCUUAAUGCAAACAUACUUGUUUUUAACCUUUUGUCACAUAGAAAUGAGAUCUGUUAUUUUAAUUUUAUGCAUAUGGAGUGUUGACCAGUUGGUAACCUUUUAUAUGAUUUACUUCUUAGAAAAUGAGGUGUACUCCGUGCUGAUGUAUAAUUUAACGUUUACCAGUAUGUUGCAUAGGUCUAACAAUAGAGAUGUUUUGUUACUUUAUUCAUGAAGCUAUUUGUAGUUAGAUUCAAGGUGACCUCUGCGGCUAAGGUAUCACAGCUACUAAUACUGAGAUCAUAUUUUUCAAAGUACUGAUAGGCCUAAAAAAAUUGUUUGUUUCCGGUAUUUCGACCUACCCUAAAUUUUUGGCCCGAUCCUAAAUGUUCUAAUGGCCUUUGAGAUAUUGUUUUUCAACAAAACUGCACUUUUUGUGCUUUAAACAUGGUCAGUGAUGUUAGAAAUCAACCUACUGGUACUCUAAAAGUGUAACCCCCUUAUUUGUAUUCAUUUUUAGACACAAAAAUAAUUUCCGAAAAGUCCCACUUAAUAAAAAAAAAACAACAAAAAAAACACUUUCCGACCCUAAUUUUUUUUAGCAUGUUACAGGAAACAAUCUUUUUUUAGGCCAUAUACAUGUCCAAAUGAUGUAUAUUCAGUAUCAAUAGCUGAUAAUCCAUUUAUAA